GGGCGAGUAGGGAGCGAGGGGGCGCCGGCCCCCGCCGCAUCCCCUCGGCUGUUCGCCGCCGCCUGCCCUCCUUCCCCCCCCCCUUCCCUCCUGCCGCCGCCCCCAUCGGGGUCCCCCUUCGCCGCCUGCGGGCUUCGCUCCCCCUGCAGCCGCCGCGGGGCCCGGGCCCGCGGGGCGUCGCCGGGAUGAGCAGCUCGCGGAACAACCGAGUGAUGGUGGAGGGAGUGGGCGCCCGGGUGGUCCGGGGCCCCGACUGGAAGUGGGGGAAGCAGGAUGGCGGCGAGGGCCAUGUGGGCACCGUGCGCAGCUUCGAGAGCCCCGAGGAGGUGGUGGUCGUCUGGGACAACGGCACCGCCGCCAACUACCGCUGCUCCGGGGCCUACGACCUGCGCAUCCUCGACAGCGCGCCCACGGGUAUCAAGCAUGAUGGGACUAUGUGUGAUACUUGUCGACAGCAACCAAUUAUUGGUAUACGAUGGAAAUGCGCUGAAUGCACAAAUUAUGACUUGUGCACGGUUUGUUAUCAUGGGGACAAACAUCACUUGAGGCAUCGUUUUUAUAGAAUUACCACACCAGGAAGUGAAAGGGUAUUGUUAGAGUCUCGCCGUAAAUCAAAGAAAAUUACAGCAAGAGGAAUCUUUGCAGGUGCCAGGGUGGUGCGAGGAGUUGAUUGGCAAUGGGAAGAUCAAGAUGGUGGCAAUGGUCGUAGGGGAAAGGUAACUGAAAUCCAGGACUGGAGUGCGUCAAGUCCACAUAGUGCGGCAUAUGUUCUUUGGGACAAUGGUGCUAAAAACCUUUACAGAGUUGGCUUUGAGGGCAUGUCUGACCUGAAAUGUGUCCAAGAUGCAAAAGGAGGCUCUUUCUACAGGGACCAUUGUCCUGUGUUAGGUGAGCAAAAUGGUAACAGAAAUCCUGGUGGGCUGCAAAUUGGUGACCUUGUAAACAUUGACCUUGAUUUAGAAAUUGUACAGUCUUUGCAGCAUGGUCAUGGAGGAUGGACUGAUGGCAUGUUUGAAACCUUAACAACAACUGGAACGGUUUGUGGCAUUGAUGAGGAUCAUGAUAUAGUAGUACAGUAUCCAAGUGGCAACAGGUGGACAUUUAACCCAGCUGUUCUCACCAAAGCCAAUGUUGUCCGAAGUGGAGAUACUGUUCAAGGUGCUGAAGGAGGUACCUCUCAAUUUCAAGUGGGUGACCUUGUUCAAGUAUGUUACGACUUGGAGAGGAUUAAGCUUCUUCAGAGAGGUCAUGGAGAGUGGGCUGAAGCAAUGCUUCCCACUUUAGGUAAAGUUGGUAGAGUCCAGCAGAUCUAUUCAGACAGUGACUUAAAGGUAGAGGUUUGUGGAACAUCUUGGACAUAUAACCCAGCAGCUGUCUCGAAGGUGGCAUCAGCAGGAUCUGCUAUAAGUAAUGCAUCUGGAGAAAGAUUGUCCCAGCUGUUGAAGAAAUUAUUUGAAACCCAAGAAUCUGGAGAUCUCAACGAAGAAUUGGUUAAAGCUGCUGCCAACGGAGAUGUUGCUAAAGUGGAAGACCUGCUAAAGAGACCAGAUGUGGAUGUGAACGGACAAUGUGCUGGACACACAGCUAUGCAAGCAGCUAGUCAGAAUGGCCACGUUGACAUAUUGAAGUUGCUUCUGAAACAGAACGUGGAUGUAGAAGCAGAGGACAAAGAUGGAGACAGGGCAGUUCAUCAUGCAGCUUUUGGUGAUGAGGGUGCUGUGAUAGAGGUUUUGCACAGAGGCAGUGCAGAUUUAAAUGCUCGCAACAAACGCAGGCAGACUCCACUUCAUAUUGCUGUCAACAAAGGUCAUCUGCAAGUUGUGAAGACUUUACUGGACUUUGGCUGCCAUCCUAGUCUCCAGGAUUCUGAAGGUGACACUCCACUCCAUGAUGCAAUAAGUAAAAAGCGCGAUGACAUCCUUGCUGUGUUGUUAGAAGCUGGAGCUGAUGUUACUAUCACCAACAAUAAUGGGUUUAAUGCUCUUCACCAUGCUGCACUAAGAGGAAAUCCUAGUGCAAUGCGUGUGUUGCUGUCCAAGUUACCACGACCAUGGAUUGUUGAUGAGAAAAAAGAUGAUGGUUAUACUGCCUUGCAUCUGGCAGCCCUCAAUAAUCAUGUGGAAGUGGCUGAACUUUUGGUGCAUCAGGGCAAUGCUAACCUGGAUAUCCAGAAUGUUAACCAGCAGACUGCUCUGCACCUUGCCGUUGAACGACAGCAUACACAAAUAGUUAGACUCUUAGUCCGUGCAGGUGCUAAACUGGAUAUUCAGGAUAAAGACGGAGACACUCCCUUGCAUGAAGCCCUGAGACACCACACACUGUCACAGCUCCGCCAGCUCCAAGACAUGCAAGAUGUGGGCAAGGUAGAUACUGCUUGGGAGCCAUCAAAGAACACAUUAAUAAUGGGACUUGGCACUCAGGGAGCAGAGAAGAAGAGUGCAGCAUCUAUUGCCUGCUUCCUGGCAGCAAACGGAGCUGACCUCAGCAUUCGUAAUAAGAAGGGUCAGUCUCCUCUUGAUCUCUGCCCUGAUCCUAGCCUCUGCAAAGCAUUGGCUAAAUGUCACAAAGAAAAAGUCAGUGGUCAGGUUGGUUCCCGAAGUCCAUCUAUGAUCAACAAUGAUUCUGAAACCUUAGAAGAAUGUAUGGUGUGUUCAGACAUGAAGAGAGAUACUUUGUUUGGCCCAUGUGGACAUAUUGCUACCUGUUCACUGUGCUCCCCACGAGUGAAAAAAUGCCUUAUCUGUAAAGAACAAGUUCAGUCUAGGACAAAGAUUGAAGAAUGUGUAGUGUGUUCAGACAAAAAGGCAGCAGUACUCUUCCAACCUUGUGGUCAUAUGUGUGCUUGUGAGAAUUGUGCAAGCUUGAUGAAGAAGUGUGUGCAGUGUCGGGCAGUGGUUGAGCGGAGAGUGCCUUUCAUAAUGUGCUGCGGAGGGAAAGGUACAGAAGAUACCACUGAUGAUAUUUCGAGCGGAAACAUUCCGGUUUUACAGAAGGAUAAAGACAACACCAAUGUUAAUGCAGAUGUACAGAAGUUGCAGCAACAGUUACAAGACAUCAAGGAACAGACUAUGUGUCCUGUCUGUCUGGACCGUCUGAAGAACAUGAUCUUUCUCUGUGGCCAUGGAACCUGUCAACUUUGUGGAGACCGAAUGAGUGAAUGCCCUAUAUGCCGCAAGGCAAUUGAACGAAGGAUUCUUUUGUAUUAAAUAGUGGAACCAUUGUCUUUUAGCUUAUUAAACAGUAAGGACGUUUUGAUGAUUUAAAUCUUCGUAAGCUUGAAAGGCUGUAAAAGACUCUAAUUAAAACGUUUCUAAUAUUGUAGCACAGAUUCGCUACAUGGUAAUUGUUUAAAGAUUGUGAACAUACCAAAUAAGAGAACAGUAUUUGGACAGUCAGCUUUUAGUUUUAUUCUUAAAAGAUAUCUAAGCUUAAAGCUAACUUAAAGCAGUUUUUAUUUUCUUUCUGUUGUCCUCUUUCCCUUAAAGUGUAAACGGACAAUUUUGUUUUUGUUUCUUUCAUGUUUUUUCUCAAUGUAUGUAUCAGUUGGGUAUCAAGUGGAGUAGAUUUUUUUUUUUGAUAAAUUUAUUCAGUUACUAUCAAGUAUAAAUACUUAAACUUUUCUUGUUUUAAGCUUCUCUGGAGAACGUUCAAAUGUCCUGUGACAGUUAUGGUUCAUGUUUUAUAUCUUAAGAUAUAAAAUAAUGCAAAAUCAGUGCAAAGCGUACACGUUGUAGUAAUAAAUAUCAUACUAUUCCUGUCAGAACAGACCUCAAAAUGUAUUGCUAAAGUAAUCCUAACAUUAAUGUUCCCUUUGUUGAUAAAGAUGAAUCAGGAAGAAAAGAUCAGUAAAAAGAGACAAAUUUGACUUAGAAAUACUGUAUUCCUAAAACUGCACUUUAGUCCAACAGGUUCAAGCUAACUGAAAUGAUGACUUUCUUAAUUCUGCUAGCUUCAUAGCUUUGUAUGAAAUUACUUCUAACUUGAUGGGAAAGGAAAAUAUAUGAGCAAUAGGUCAGUUAUCUAUUUCAGAUGAUGAAUGGAUUUGAUCAAUUUUAGGGGAACAAAUACAUAUGUGGGUCCAUCUAAGUCUAUGAAUUGUAAGGACUAGUAAGGAAGUUUGCAAAAGUUUAGCUUCAAAAUCUGGCUUUUAACACACACAUAUAUUACUUUCCUCUUUUAAAAUAGUUUUAUUGUCUCCACGCAAACAGGAUCAACAGCAAAAGAGAAGAUUUAAUAUUGCUGAUUUAUCUAAGCUAACACCAAAACUUAGCUAGGAGUGUUAAUAGGUAAUGUUGUAAAUCAAGAUAUUGUUUGCAGAGUGGAGAAUUUUGUGAGCCAUGCCUAGGUGAGAUAAAGUUGGUUGGGGGUGGGGGUUAGCUAUCACUAAUGUGACAUACAGAGAUAUUAUUGACUCUGACAGUACCACUGCUAGGAACUGCAAAUCAUUAACAUUUUGAUAGCAAAUAUGCCCUUCCAGGUUUUUGGAUGGAAGACAGUAUGCUGAUUUGAGGUUCUCUUGUAGCUAGUAGGAAUGUGUGUUUACUCUUAAGUGAUUCAUCAGUUUACUGAGUGCGUAAUUUUUGUAUCCUUUUGCCAUCUUGCAGACCUCAUUUGGGUAUGUUCUUGCAAAAACAGUAAUGAUGUGUACACUGGAGUCAUUUAGAAGCCUUACUUGCAGCUAAGAAUAAUUUCUCGUUUAGUUCCCAUUAGAUAUGUCAAAAGCAUGGCAGAAGGGAUAGUUCAGGGGAAGAUCCAGGUAAGGAUAAAAGGAAAAAAAACUAAUUUCUUCAGAAAAUCAGUCUGCCUUUUUAAGUCUGUGCGGAUUUGCUUGAAUUUUGCAAACCUUGGCAAAAAUCUCAGAAGACUGUUACCAGUAAACUUUACUGGUAAAAAGUUCACAUAUCUUUAACUUCAAACACAGUGUUUUUCAGGAAACUACUAUACUGGUUUGGAAAACCAAUAUGUACAAUGGCUGUUAACAGAACAGGCUGAUUUAAUACCUUGCUAUAGCCAUCUUUAAUCCUGAUCCAGAAUUGCAGAUGUUAAUCAUUCUGUUCAGUUUUUUUUUUUACUGGACAUAAUCUUGAUUUGGAGUCAGUAAACUGUUCUGUUGUGUUUUGUGUUCUGGUAGUCAUCUGUUCUCAGAUAUUCUUUGUACCUGCCUUUUUGACCAAACCAAAUAGUUCUCACCCUUCUUGCUUCUUUGGUCCCUGUUCUUAAAUACUAAGACUCUCAAGUAACCUGGAUGGAAAACUUCUGCUAUAAGGCUUUUUUUCAAUUCAGCAUUUCCCUAUCUCCAUUUAGACUCUGAUGGCAUGUAAUAUUCACUACAAUUUUCUUUUGGCCCAUACGCAUGUCACUAAUCCUGACUUCUGAAGCUUGUAUUUGACAGGUGAACAGUAUACUUCAUAGUUUCCUGUCAGUCCUCCUUCAAAAAUAAUCUUAUAAUAGAACAAUUGUUUUGUCUAGUAUGAGUUUUAUUCUUUAAUGUAUUUGAUCUGUAGCUCAGUUUUCUCACAUAUUGAAUAUUUCACGCAUUUUGAAUAUUGUGUCCUAUUUAUUUUUUGAGGGACCUCUAUAAAGUCAGCACAAAGGACAAACAGGAUGGAUUUCUUCUUGAUAAUACAGCUCAAAAUUGGAACCUUAGUAUAGCAGCUGGUGUUUUCCUAAUGCUUUUUCACUGGAACAAACCAGAAUUACUUGGACGUAAUUCAACCUUGCAUUAUUUGAAUAAUUCACCUGAGCAAAAAGUGAUAUAAAGCAUCCUGCUUGGAAAAGUGGAGUUGAAUCUGCAGGAGGCACAAAUUUUAGUGUAGAUGGGUAAGCACUCAUACUUUCCAGCAGAGAAACUAUUAAGCACUUUAUAAUGCUGUUAAUACCUGGAGACCAUCACAGUCCUUUGGAAAUAGAGACAAUGGCUGAAAGUGUUGCUGUAGGAGCACUUGUAGUCUUCUGUGCUAUAGUCACACAAGAUGUGUGAGAUUACAUAGAAAUUUGUAAUUGGCCUCACUGGACAAUGUUGUGUGCAAUUUGAAAUUAAAAUAUGUCAGUGUCAUGGAUCUAACUUGAUAUUAUCAUGAUAUCAAGAGAAAUAGCAGAACUAGAAAAACUAAGCAUACUAGAAAAUGUGCUUAAAGUGCUAAUGUAGUCCUUGUUAACAGGUGAAAAAGAUGUGAAGAGACAAUUGUGAAGGCUAUGCAGUGCUUUUCUUUCAAAACACUUAAGAAGGGAAAAUGUUUGCAAAUCUGGUAUUGCUUUUGGAAGUAGAUAGUUAGAUUCAUACAUUGUCUUUGGAUUCUGGGUGAACUAAUGUUGCUGAGGAAGGUAGUAACUAGCAAUUUAGUAGCUGUGGUUUGCUGUCUAGUAUCAUCUGUGCAGCAUGCACAGAGUGCAGAUGUUUAUUGGAUAACACUUCAUCAGAAGAAAGAAAAACAGAAGCUCAGAUUGGAAGCCAAGGGCAGUCAUAGCAAGGAGGAGAGAUGUCAUAUGUCAUUGUGCACCAGUCUUCAGCAGAAGAUGGAAGUGUAAAUCUCAUUACUUGGGAGCAAAGUGGAAAUGAGAAAAGGAAAACCAGUAAGUAGGCAUUUCACUUUAACAUACUGUAAAGUUUAAGAAUUGCAACCUUUGUUUCUUAUGAAUUCCUCCAAUAUUUGAUAGCAGUUUUGAAGUUAAAUUGGAUGAAAUACCUCAACUUCUUUCUUGAACAAUCAAGAAGACACCUAAUAAUAUGUAUGUUCAGAUAUGAAGUGUGCUCAGAUGUUAAAGUAGAACAUUUUUCAUUUCUUCAAUUUAAUAAAAGAUACAGAUGGUCACAUCAGCAUACAGUGAUUAAGAUGAUAACCUAAGAGACUAACAAACUAUGCUAAGUAGUUGUAACUUGUUAACUUUUCUAGGAAAUAUAUUUGAUUUCCUCCCCGCCUUGCCAGUCCUGCUCCAUAUCAUCUACUCUGCACUAAGCUCCAGUAGGACUCGUGGCACUUUUUGAAAUUUGGGUCAUUGACACCUUCUUCUCAUUUGUUGAAAUACUGCGUACUAGCGCAUUAGGGUUUGGAGGGAUCCCGUUUUGCUGACGUGGAUACUGAAAAAUUAAAAUGACAAGAUAAUAAAAGUUACUUUGUAAAUGUGAAUGCUUCAUUAGACACUAAUGCUCUCAACUUGGGCUGAGUGAGGUAAUAGCAGAAUUUCACAAGUACUUGUGCCUUGUCAGCAUAGACUUACAAUCGGUAUAUUAGCUUAUUUUAAAGAUAUAUGAAACAAUAUUUUAAAAAUGUAAUUUGAUUAAGUACUUAUUGUGUAGAUAUUUUCUAGAGAUAAAGUUUUAUGUGUGUCUACUUAUUUUUAGCAGUAUUAAUUUCAAUUUAUAUAAAUACUGAAUUGUUUGAAGAGGUUGCUUUGAGCUAAUGAUCUCUCUAAGCUUCCUCUACAGUACUGCAGAUUAAAUGUCAAACUUAAUUUUGCUCUUCGACUAGUGGCUGGUAAACUGAAGAGCCUGUCCUGUUCUUUGUGCUGCAUGGGCCAGACUCAGAUUUUCACUUAAAAAAAAUCACUACAGUGUAAUGUUCAGUAAUGCUACCUCCUUUCUGUCAAAGUGUUGAAUUUUACUGCAGUUCCUUAUCUUUGGGAAGAGAUAGGGGAACAUUUCAGUUUUGUUUUACAUCAAUUUUUGUGUCUGGAUACAUUGUGAAGACUUUUUACUGACUGUGUAAAUUACGAACAGUAGAAGUUUGUAAUUUGCCACCAUGUACAUUAUGUAUUUUUCUUGCUUAAGUUGCUGGGAUUCAUACUAUUGUUUGUUUACCUAUUUCAUAGCUAGUUUUGUUGACAAAGCAAAACUCACCUGCAGAAGUUUUAAUGUGUGCCAUUUCCAUAGCUGAGCCUGUGGUAAAUAUGAAAGUUCUGACUCAGGGCUUUUUAACAACUUAAACACAUUCACAAUAUUCUUCAGCACAUCUUGGAGGAUAUUAUACAUGUAAUGACUGUACAGUGCCUUGAUAGAACUAUUGAAUAGGCAGUAGCCAUAGAGUCUUUACAGAAUGCAAGUAUCUUGAGUUCAGCUAAUGAGCUUGUUAAUAUAUCUGUAAUACCCUGCCAUAUAUAUACGUACUUGUAUUUCUGUAAAGGAAAAUUAGCAAAUUUAGCUUUUGUUAAGCUUUUUGUAAGUUGUGUUUUAUUUUUACACUGAUCACAGGGGCCUGGGGGGUAUAGUAUUCAAAUUUACAGAAGCAGCAUUUGUGGGAAAGUAGGUUGAUAAAAUGUUCCGUAUAUGACAUUUUCAGUGUGAGGGGAGAUGACAUUUUAUAAACUACCAUUUUUUUAAAAAAAGCUGCUUUAUUCUGGCCUAGUAAGUCUUUUAUAGGAAAGAAAAAAUAAUCAGCGACAAAUCUGUAUGUUUGCAUGCCAUUUCAUAAUUAUGAAUUAUGUCAUUUGAGCUUCUAGGAAGUACUUUUUGUCCCAAGCUUAGUGUCUUUAUGGAAUGCAAUAUUCAUAUUAGAAAAUAGUUUUAGUGAACCACAACAUUUUUGCAUCUGUUAAAAACACCUUUGUAUUUUUAGUAAGUUGUAGAUUUUGACAUGACUAUUUGAGAAUUUAAGGUUAUCUGUGUGAAUGUAGUGGAUUUCUGUAUGCAGAUAGCAUUAUAUAAUUGCUUUCGUUAAAACUGCUUAGCAAGGUCUAAGCUUUUCAAAAUAAAUGGGAAUGUACUGUAUGGUUAAUAAAA